UGAGAGAAAAAAAAAGAAAAGAAAGAAAGAUAAAUAUUCAAGUAAAUGUAUAUACGUAAUAGAUGUAUGUUUGUAGCAUAGACUACUGCAGUAGCUCUGGUUGGUGGUUCUUUAUUAUUAUUAUUAUUAUUAUUUCUUUUGAAUCUAAAACCCUAAGCUGAAGCAAUCUGUGCUAGCUUUCUUCUAGCUUCAGAUCUUGCUAUAUCUAGUUAGUUUCGGCGAUCUUCCGAUGGAGAACUCGAGGAGGAGCUCGAUGUUGUUGAAAUGCUGAUACGUUUCUGUUGGUUUUUUUUUUUUUUUUUUGCUUUGAUUGAUUUCGCCUUUCGAUGUUAAUCGGCGAAAAUGUCAGCUUCUUUAGCGGCUUUCGAGCGGCCAAGAGGCGGAGCUUCCAAUACGGUUUUCAAGAGUGGCCCGCUGUUCAUAUCCUCAAAAGGCAUAGGCUGGAAGUCUUGGAAGAGAAGAUGGUUUAUCCUCACACGCAAUUCCUUAGUUUUCUUCAAAAAUGAUCCUGUUAGUACUGAUUAUCCUUUUUUCAUUGCAUUCUUUAUUGCAAGUGCCCUACCACAAAGAGGGGGUGAAGUUAAUAUAACGUUAGGAGGCAUUGACUUGAAUAAUUCUGGAAGUGUUGUUGUUAGAGAAGAUAAAAAAUUGCUAACUGUACUAUUCCCUGAUGGGCGUGAUGGGCGAGCCUUCACUCUUAAGGCAGAAACUUCAGAGGAUUUGUUUGAGUGGAAGACAGCUCUAGAACAUGCUCUUGCACAAGCGCCCAGUGCUGCUCUUGUCAUGGAACACAAUGGUAUUUUUCGGAAUGAAACAAGUGAUUCGAUUGAAGGCUCAUUCUGUCAAUGGACAGGGAGGGAUAAACGCCCUGUUAAAUCUUUGGUUGUUGGAAGACCGAUUCUGCUGGCACUUGAAGAUAUUGAUGGUGGUCCUUCAUUUCUUGAGAAAGCUCUUCGUUUUCUUGAGAAUUUUGGAACUAAAGUCGAAGGAAUUCUUAGACAGUCUGCAGAUGUUGAGGAGGUAGAUUGCAGAGUUCAGGAAUAUGAACAGGGCAAGACUGAAUUUGGUCCAGAUGAGGAUGCUCAUGUUGUGGGAGACUGUGUUAAGCAUGUCCUUCGGGAGUUACCCUCAUCUCCAGUUCCAGCUUCAUGCUGCACUGCAUUGCUUGAGGCUUACAAAAUUGAUCGGAAGGAAGCUCGGAUUAGUGCAAUGCGUUCUGCAAUAUUAGAGACAUUUCCUGAACCAAAUCGGCGCCUGUUACAAAGGAUUCUGAAGAUGAUGCAUACAAUAUCAUCUCAUGCUCAUGAGAAUCGAAUGACUCCAUCUGCUGUUGCGGCUUGCAUGGCACCCCUACUCUUACGGCCUCUAUUAGCUGGUGAAUGUGACUUGGAGGAUGACUAUGAUCUCAAUGGUGAUAAUUCUUCCCAGCUUCUAGCUGCUGCAAAUGCUGCGAAUAAUGCUCAAGCCAUUGUUACAACUCUUCUAGAGGAGUAUGAAACCAUUUUUGAUGAUGAAAAUCUACAAAGAUGUUCUAUUUCGGCUGAUUCUCAGAUUGAUAACAGUGGAAGUGAAGUUUCAACUGAUGAUGAAAAUGUGGAUAUAAAAGACAAUGGUUACCAUGAUGCAGAAAAUGAAGUCGAUCCUGAAACAGAUGAUGAUCCUGAACGUGUUCACAGUGGGAAAUUAAGUGAGAGCAGUGGUUAUGCUGGCAGUGAUCUCUAUGACUAUAAGGAUUCAGAUGUUGGAUCACCUAAAGACAACCAUGCUCAGACUGAGAGUUCAAGUGUAACAGUUGAUCCUCCAAUAAUUCAGGAUCCUAAUGGUCAGGUGAUGGAAGAACAAGAUAAGCAGAAGAAAGGAAAUGAAAUUGGUGCUUCAAAUGUGUUAUCCACUGGUGAAUCUUACCGAUCAAUGGGAGAAAUUUUGUCAUCAAUGGAUCCUGGCCAUCCUGUACCUGCAUUGGGACUUGAGUCAUCUACUGAGAAGCCAGUGGGUAAAGCUAAAGUUAAUUCAAAGAAAUCAACAUUUUGGGGAAGAAACAAUACUAGAAAGACACCUUCAAUGGAAUCAGUUGAUUCUUCUGGAGAAGAAGAGCUUGCUAUACAGAGGCUUGAGAUCACCAAGAAUGACCUUCAACACCGAAUUGCAAAAGAGGCUAGAGGAAAUGCAAUUCUACAAGCUAGCUUGGAGAGAAGAAAACAAGCAUUGCAUGAACGCCGCCUAGCACUUGAACAAGAUGUUUCUAGAUUGCAAGAGCAGUUGCAAGCUGAAAGGGAUCUCAGAGCAGCACUUGAAGUUGGCCUUAGCAUGUCUUCUGGGCAGUUUUCUAGUUCCCACGCGAUGGAUUCUAAAACAAGGGCUGAGCUUGAGGAGAUUGCUCUUGCCGAGGCAGAUGUGGCCCGAUUGAAGCAGAAAGUUGCAGAACUCCACCAUCAACUGAAUCAGCAAAGGCAGCAUCACUAUGGUUCCCUUUCCGAUGCAUGUGACCGUUAUCAACAUGUCCAAAAUCACAACUCUCAACAGAGGUUUCUUCAGCAAGAUUUUGACACGACCCUUGCCUUUUGUAAUCAUGAAAGGAAACAAAGGAUAGAGGAGAGUUUGUUAGGUGCAGAAUGGAGGAAUACUAAAGGGCAGGGAUUGGCUGUUGGCAACAGCAGCAGGCAGCCUAACCGAAAGCAAUUUAUGGAAACAAGCUUGAGUGACUCAAAAAGUACCGAGGUAUCCACAACUUUGUCCGUGGAUGAGUUUUGUGCAGUUGAUUCUAUUACAGCUCCAUCCACUUCAAGAGCAUUAGAGGCAAUUGAUUAUGCAAGACAUCCAUCCGCAGCCUCUUCUGCUUUGGUAGAAUUAACAACUCGUCUUGAUUUUUUCAAGGAAAGGCGCUCCCAGCUAAUGGAGCAGCUCCAUAACCUCGAUUUGAACUAUGGCACAUCCUCCCAAGAUUUUGUCUAUAGACCAUCAUCCCCGCCGUGGAACUAACUGAAAAUGCUGCUAGAUCUCUAUCCUCUUGUUGUACAUCCUUCAAUGUUGCAUAUAGGUGUAUUUCUUGAAGUCUUGACUCUUGGCCAUUGCAUAUUUCUUGUCUUCCCCUUUUCAGUGAGAAUUGGAUUCGGAUUGAAAUCAAGUGUCUCAGUGUUCCUCUGAUUGGACCUUCGAUUUUUGUCAGAAAUGCUGAGAGAAAAAAAAUCAAGAAAAAGCCGUGCCUGUGUCAAUACUCAAAUAGUUGAGGUUUGUAUUUGAUUAUUGUUGUGAAGAGAACUAUAUUUAUUGACUAUAUAUAUAUAUAUAUAUGUGCUUAGAAACCGAUCAAUUUGUUUCUUUUCUGUUGGAACUGUGAAGGAUGUUUUGUUUAGUUUUCUUUGAUAUGUAUGUUGUUGAAAUUGAAUACCAAUUGAAAUCAAAUUGCGAGCAUGAU